AUGCUGUUAAAGCCCAUACAGGAUUCGAUAGAACCUUCCAGACCUGGGAUGGAAAAUUACAGCAAUUACAAUAUUAACUGUUCCAUUGAUGACUCCUUUAAAUAUAACCUCUAUGGAGCAGUUUAUAGUGUGGUAUUUAUCUUGGGGUUAAUCACAAACUGCGCUUCCCUUUGCGUCUUCUGCUUCAGAAUGAAGAUGCACAAUGAAACUGCCAUUUAUAUGACCAAUCUUGCUGUGUCUGACCUACUGUUCGUAUUCACCCUCCCUUUUAAAAUAUUUUAUAACUUUAACCGCCACUGGCCCUUUGGGGACACUUUAUGUAAGAUAUCAGGCACAGCAUUUUUGACUAACAUUUAUGGAAGCAUGCUUUUCCUGACCUUUAUCAGUGUGGAUCGAUUUUUGGCCAUUGUCUACCCAUUUCGGUCUCGAACCAUUAGAACACGAAGGAAUUCUGCAAUAGUAUGUGCCGGAGUUUGGAUCCUAGUCCUCAGUGGAGGCAUCUCUGCUUCCCUUUUCUCCACCACCAAUAAGUCCACAACAAGCACCACUUGUUUUGAAGGCUUCUCCAAAAACAUAUGGAAAACCUAUUUGUCAAAGAUUACCAUUUUUAUAGAAGUUGUUGGGUUUCUUAUUCCCUUACUGCUGAACCUGACUUGCUCUUCAUUGGUUCUGAGGACGUUAAGAAAGCCUGCGACCUUGUGCCAGAUUGGAACCAACAAAGAAAAAGUUCUGAAGAUGAUUGUUGUCCAUAUUGCCAUUUUUGUUGUGUGUUUUGUCCCAUACAAUUCCAUCCUUUUUCUUUACGCUUUGGUUCGAUCACAGGCAAUAGAAAACUGUUCAGUUGAGAGAUUUGCAAGAACAAUGUACCCCAUAACUCUUUGCAUCGCAGCCACAAACUGUUGUUUUGACCCCUUUGUCUACUACUUCACUUCCAAAUCCUUUCAAAAAUCAUUUAACAUCAACCCCCUCAUAAAAAUGGAUACCUUGUUCAAGAUCGAUUCUUCGGCAAAGAUCGCUUUUCCAGCAAUGCAGGAGGACCUAACUGAACAGAUAAACAUUAACAAUGGAGGAGAGCUCAUUCCAGAAUCUAAUUUUAAGGACUAG